UCAGCGGGGUGUCCAGUGGCCGCCGGAUCCACACUUUCUUGCAAUGUGUUCUCUUGCAAGCUGGCAACUUCGAUCUAGUAACAUCUCAACUCUUUUUCCCUUCCCAUAUAAGAAUUUGGCCUACGCACCUCUCUACGCCUUGCCGCAUCCCUCUUCCCCAUUCUCCUCUCCUCUACAUACUACGCCUUGAUUAGUUUCCUAUACCAUACCAACCCCAUACUCUUGAAGAGGUUGCAGGGCGGCUCGGUUUUCCUUUUCUCCCUUUUUUUUUCCUUCCCUAGACUGAUUUCCUUUUCCCCUCUCGCAACCCGUCCCAGCUCAGAUUGCGACAGCCUCCGUCCGUCAUGGCUCGCUCUCAGAGCUACUGGGCUAUCGCCACUGGCAUGAUAGCCUGGAGCAUCCUCCUCUUCAGUCCUCUCGCGUUUGUCAGCACUGUGAGGGCGGACGAUGUAGCUGAUUAUGGGACGGUUAUCGGUAUUGACUUGGGAACCACAUACUCUUGUGUCGGUGUGAUGCAACAAGGGAAGGUCGAAAUUCUCGUAAACGACCAAGGAAAUCGAAUUACCCCAUCCUACGUGGCUUACACCGAGGAGGAGAGAUUGGUCGGAGAUGCCGCCAAACAACAGGCGGCAUCCAACCCGACAAACACCAUUUUCGACGUCAAACGAUUUAUCGGCCGAAAAUUUGCCGAGAAGGAAGUCCAGAACGAUCUCAAGCAUUUCCCCUACAAGGUCAUCGAAAAGGAUGGCAAGCCCAUUAUCCAAGUGGAGUUCCAGGGCGCCACCAAGAAGUUCACCCCCGAGGAGAUCUCUGCCGUCAUCCUCGGCAAGAUGAAGGAGGUUGCCGAGACCUAUUUGGGCAAGAAGGUCACUCACGCCGUCGUCACCGUCCCCGCCUACUUCAACGACAACCAGCGACAGGCCACUAAGGACGCCGGUAUAAUUGCCGGUCUUAACGUGCUCCGGAUUGUUAAUGAGCCUACUGCCGCCGCUAUUGCCUACGGUCUGGAUAAGACUGGCGGCGAGCGUCACAUCAUUGUCUAUGAUCUUGGUGGUGGUACUUUUGAUGUCUCCCUUCUCUCCAUCGAGGAUGGUGUCUUCGAAGUCUUGGCUACUGCUGGUGACACGCACCUGGGCGGUGAGGAUUUCGACCAGAGAAUCAUCAACCACUUGGCCAAGAACUACAACAAGAAGAACUCUGUCGACAUCACCAAGGAUCUCAAGGCCAUGGGCAAACUGAAGCGCGAGGCCGAAAAGGCCAAGCGAACCCUGUCCUCUCAGAUGUCUACCCGCAUCGAGAUCGAGGCCUUCUUUGAGGGCAAGGAUUUCUCCGAGACCCUCACCCGAGCCAAGUUUGAAGAGCUCAACAUAGAUCUCUUCAAGCGAACUCUGAAACCCGUCAAGCAGGUUUUGGACGACGCCAAGAUCAAGAAGGAGGAAGUCGACGAUAUCGUCCUGGUCGGUGGUUCUACUCGUAUUCCCAAGGUCCAGACUCUCCUCGAGGAGUUCUUCAGUGGCAAGAAGGCUAGCAAGGGUAUCAACCCUGACGAGGCUGUUGCUUUCGGCGCUGCCGUUCAGGCCGGCGUUCUCUCGGGCGAGGAUGGCACUGGUGACGUCGUCCUCAUGGACGUGAACCCGCUUACCCUCGGUAUCGAGACUACCGGAGGCGUCAUGACCAAGCUUAUCCCCCGCAACACCCCCAUCCCGACUCGUAAGAGCCAGAUCUUCUCCACCGCCGCUGAUAAUCAGCCCGUCGUCCUGAUCCAGGUCUACGAGGGAGAGCGGUCCAUGACAAAGGACAACAACCUGCUCGGCAAGUUCGAGCUAACCAACAUUCCCCCGGCGCCCCGUGGCGUCCCCCAGAUUGAGGUCUCCUUCGAACUGGACGCCAACGGUAUCCUGAAGGUUUCGGCCCACGACAAGGGCACUGGAAAUACCGAGUCCGUCACCAUCACUAAUGACAAGGGCCGCCUCAGCCAGGAAGAAAUUGAACGCAUGGUUGCUGAGGCUGAGAAGUUCGCCGAGGAGGACAAAGCCACCCGCGAACGUAUCGAGGCCAGGAAUGGCCUUGAGAAUUACGCCUUCAACCUCAAGAACCAGGUUAAUGACGAGGAGGGUCUCGGUGGCAAGAUUGAUGAGGACGACAAGGAGGCCAUCCUCGAGGCUAUUAAGGAGGCUACCGAUUGGCUCGAAGAGAACGCCGCUACGGCGACCGCCGAGGACUUCGAGGAGCAGAAGGAGAAGCUUUCGAACGUCGCCUACCCGAUCACAUCCAAGAUGUACAGCAACGCCGGAGGUGCCGGAGGUGCCGCAGACGACGAUGAGCCGUCAGGCCACGAUGAACUGUAGUUGGCAAUUCAUAUAGAUCUGUGUUUUCUCUCGAACAUACCCGGGCAUACCACCCAAUUAAAAAAGUUAAAUAUGGGACAUCCUACCACGCCGGC